AUGUACGGCAACAUCGAGUCCAGCCAGGCCAGGCAGGGGCAAAUGUGGGUGCUGGAGCCCGGCAGCGGGGAAGCCUGCAGCGACCUGUGCCCCGCAGAGGAGAACCCGUAUGAGCCCCUGGACCCCCCCAUCGCCGUGCCAAGCCAGAAGCACGUGACCGACCCCCCAGCGUCAGGGUGCUGGUCCAGGGAGAAGCUGGUGCUGGUGGGCACCGUGGCCCUGGGGGUCUCGGUGCUGAUGAACGUGCUCUUCCUCACCGUCGGCUCGCGGCACGUUGCAGCCCUGACGGCGGCGCUGGAGGCAGAGAAGGCGAAGGUGCUGCCGAACGUGGCCUCCCGGUCCUUCCUGCUGUACAACGAAGACCACCGCAAGUGCGUGGAGGCCAGCGGGCAACAGCUGACGGCGACGGCGUGCCGGCCUGAGGCCACGGCACAACGGUUCCAGUGGUUAGACGGGGGCCGGCUAUGGGUCUGGGGGAGCCAGCGCUGCGUUACGGCGACCCGCGGGCAAAACCUGGCCCUCGUGAGGCUGGAGCCGUGCCGGGACAACGGCACGCUGCAGCGCUGGGAGUGCCGCGACGGUGGGCUGUUGGCGCUCGCCGGCUACGAUCUCUACUUCAAUUACGGCAACAACCGGCAGGACACGGUGAUGCUCUACACCGGGGACCGCGAGUGGAGCCGCUGGGUCGUCCACGGGAGCAAGGAUGAUGUCUGUUCCCGUUCCUGCUGGACCUAUUUCGGGAACUCCUGCUAUUUCUACUCCAAGACAGCGAGUUCCUGGGAGAACGCCCAGCGCUUCUGCUCGGUCCUGGGCACGAAGCUCCUGGAGGUGGACAGCCCCGAGGAGAAGCUGCCCGGUGAGGAAGACGUGGAGCCGGCGGAGGAAGCUGAGGUGGUGAAUGGCUCUGGGGAGCUGGGUGGUCCCGGUAGGAGCCCCGGGCACGGCGCCUACCUACAGAGCUUGGAGCGGAGCAGCCGACACUGGGUGCUGUCAUCAGUGAAGGGCCCGGGGCUGGAUGAGCCGGGUGGCGGAGCCGAGGCAGAUGCCGGCGCUGCCGGAAGCGAGGGCGAGAUCGGUGGUCCCGGUAGGAGCCCCGGGCACGGCGCCUACCUACAGAGCUUGGAGCGGAGCAGCCGACACUGGGUGCUGUCAUCAGUGAAGGGACCAGGGCUGGAUGAGCCGGGUGGCGGAGCCGAGGCAGAUGCCGGCGCUGCCGGAAGCGAGGGCGAGAUCUGGUACAACCCCAUCCCCGAAGAUGAGGACCCCCAGCCUAGGAGCUCCUGGAAGACGUGGAGCGGAGGGAGCCGCGAUGCCGAGAGGAGCCGUGGUGGGGAGUCACCCCCGAAGUCGGGAAGGGAAGACCCGCCCCGGGGCGGUUUGGGGACAGCGGAGAGCUCCGGACCCCGCAGCGGCAUGGCCCCGGUGCUGCCCACGGCUGGCCGAGAGGAGCCAGGAGCCAGCAGGACCCAGGCUUGCGGGAAGAUGCCGAUCCCAUGUGUGAGCUCGGGGACGGGGCUGACCACCCCCUCGCCCCCCACCAGCCCCAAGAAGGGCCGUUCGCUCAACAAGGUGAAGUCCCCAGGUACCGUUCGUCGCCUCUCCAUGAAGAUGAAGAAGCUGCCGGAGCUACGGAGGAAGCUGAGCCUACGCAACCCCCGGCCCCGGGGCCAAGAGGGUGGCACCUCGCCCUCCGAAACCCGCAAAGAAUCCAGCAACGUCAUCAGCCGCUACCACCUAGACAGCAGCGUGGCUUCACAGCCGGGGCUGCCGCGAGCCAAAGCGGCCGGCAAAGGCGGCUACUUGAGCGACGGCGACUCCCCGGAGCUGCCGGCUAAAGCCGGGGCGCGUGCCGAACCGGAGGAUGGGGAAAACGGGCUGGACGUGGGCGCUUUCCGCCCCUACAGCUGCGGGGAGACGCCGCCGCGGUGCGGGCAGCACAUCUCGGGGCUGGUGAGCGUUCACCUCCACGGCGUGCGGGACCUGAAGCCGCCGCGGGCCGAAGCCCGGGAGGUUUUCUGCGUGUUGCAGGUGGACGCGGCCAACCGGGCUCGCACGGCUUUGCUGCCCUGCAAGACAGCGUUCCUUGGCCUCAACCAUACCUUCAACCUGGAGCUGGAGGGUGCCCGGCACCUCAAGGUGAUCGUCUUCUCCUGGGAUCCCACCUCCUGCCGCAACCGUCUCUGCUGCCACGGCACCGUGGUCCUGCCCCACAUCUUCAGAGGUUGCCGGGCCCAGCAGCUGGCGGUGCGGCUGCAACCGCGAGGCGUCCUCUACUCCAAAUUCACCUUGGUGGAGCAAUGGGACAGUCCCGGUGAGCGGGAACCCCGUGUCUUUGGCGUGGAGCUGGGUCAGCUGGUGGAGAGGGAGAAGACGGCCACCAAGGUGCCCCUGCUCAUCCAGAAAUGCGUGGCCGAGAUAGAGAAACGAGGGCUGAAGGUGGUGGGGUUGUACCGGCUCUGCGGCUCAGCCGCCGUCAAGAAGGAGCUUCGCGACGCCUUUGAGAGGGACAGCGCAGCCGUGACGCUCUCGGAGCAGCUCUACCCCGACAUCAACGUCAUCACCGGGAUCCUCAAGGAUUACCUGCGGGAGCUGCCCACGCCGCUUAUCACUCCCACGCUCUACCACGUCGUACUGGAGGCCAUGGCUAAACGACCCCCCCGGGCACCCCCAGGAGAGCGGGACGCUGUCACCCUGCUUGAUUGCCUGCCCGACGUCGAGAAGGCCACGCUGACGCGGCUCCUGGACCACCUCAGCCUGGUGGCCUCCUUCCACGACUUCAACCGCAUGAACUCGCAGAACAUCGCCGUCUGCUUCGGACCCGUCCUGCUCACCCAGAACCAGGAGCUCCGGCGUUCCGGCACCGGUACCGGCACCGGCAACCGCAGUUACGCCCACUGCGAGGACAUCGCCAGCGCCGUUGACUUCAAGAGGCACAUCGAGGUGCUGCACUACCUGCUGCAGGCCUGGCCGGGUGAGUGGGGUGGGGAAAACACCGGGGUGCCGGCGCGGCGGUCCCCGCACCGGCGGACCAUCUUCGUGGCCGAUUUCGCCCUGGGCGAGGAGCCCGAGGCGCCCUUCGGCCCCCGCCUCAAUCUCAAGGACUUCGACGCGCUCAUCCUCGACCUCGAGCGGGAGCUCGCCAAGCAGAUCAACGUCUGCCUGUGA